UUCAUUCAGCAACAUUCGAUGAGCCACGCCCACCUCCCUCCAGACCCACGCCCUCGUCCUUGGUCCUCGCGCGGCGAUUGGAUAGCAGACCUCAGCUCCGCCUACGCGUCUUAGUCCUUAAGCAGCCAUGGAGCGGGCCUCGCGGGAGCUUCCCUCUUCCUGGGCACCAGAGCGCACAGUAUGGCUGAACAGUGGAGCCCCUAUGCCUCUUCUGGGGCUGGGCACCUUCCGCUUGCGGGGUGAGGAGGCCGUGCGCCUCAGCCUGGACACUGCUCUCGGGAACGGCUACCGCUUGGUGGACACGGCCGCCGUCUACGGCAAUGAGUCUGCCAUCAGGCACGCUCUGAGCGAGCUGCUGCCGCGCCACAACCUGGCUCGGAGAGACAUCUUCCUAACCAGCAAGCUGAGCCCAAGGGACCAGGGGGAGGAGGCAGCCAAAGGAGCCUGCCUGCGUAGCCUGGAGGAGCUGGGCUGUGAUUACUUAGACCUCUACCUCAUCCACUGGCCCGGGACCCAAGGCAGGCCGCAGGAGGACAAGGGCAACCGGGAACGGCGGUGGCAGAGCUGGCGGGCUCUGGAGAGGCUGUACGAGGCUGGGAAGCUCCGGGCCAUCGGGGUCUCAAAUUACAGCAUCCAGCACUUAGAGGAGCUGCUGGCAGUGUGCCGGGUGCCCCCCUCCGUCCUCCAGGUGGAGUUCCACCCAGAACUGGCGCAGGUGGAAUUGCUGGGCUUCUGCCGGAGCAAGGGAAUCCACCUGCAGGCUUACUCCUCGCUGGGGACCGGCCAGCUGGUGGGGCGGCCAGAGGUGGUGAAGGUCGCCGCGCGACACGGGCGCCCGCCUGCCCAGGUCUUACUGCGCUGGGCUCUGCAGCAAGGGGUGAGCGUCAUCCCCAAGUCUGCCACCCCGAGCCGUGUGGUGGAAAACAGCCAGCUCUGGGGUUGGGAGUUGAGCCCAGCGGAUAUGGAGGAGCUGGGUGCUUUGGAUUGUGGGAAGCGCUAUUGCUGGGAUCCCACCAAUGUGGCGUAGAGCGGGGGGGGGGGGGAAGAUGGGCAUUCCGGAUGUUGCUGGACUCCAGUUCCCACCAGGCCCCAGCCAGCAUAAUCAGCGCUCAGGGAUGGUGGGAGUUGGAGUCCGGCAACAUCUGGCAGACCAGGCGUUCGCCAGAGACAUGAGGGAAUGUGAGAAUAUAAUAAUUUCAGGACUGAAUAUAAUAAUUUCAGGGCUGAUCUCCACCCAGUUGGAGAAUCCCAUUUGAAAAGCAGUGCCUUUAUCACAUUGCAGUUCCAUCAGCCAGCUUUUAAAUUAAGAAGAGAAAAUACCAGUGGAUGGAGAAACUCGGGCUUCGCUCCUCUCUGCAUUUUCCACCUCCCCCUGGAAACAGAACUCUAGGGCAGGGCUAUAAAUCUGUGGCUCUCCAGAUGUGGUUGAACUCCCAGCGGUCAGGGAGGAUGGGAACUGGGAGUCUUAAAAAAGCAUCUGGAGGCCCACAGGCUCCCUAUUGCAGUUGUAAGACGAAAAGAGUGAUAUUAAACAGGAAUUCAAUUUCUCUGCGUCCCUUUGAGUUUAAUUUUCUUCCGACACAUUCAUUCCCGAGGCAGCUAAAGCAAUCCUGCCCCCACUGCAGUCAGACUGGCAGUCUGGGGGGUUGUUGAAUUGAAGGAAUAGGCAGUGACGUGCUAUAAGCCAGAAAA